AUGAAUUAUAUGUAUAAUUUAGGUGGAAAUUCCGAGGCACGGUUCGGUAUAGGAACUACGACAGGAGAGAUAUAUCUGACGCUGGCUCUAGACUAUGAGACAACGACGCCGUACUCCCUCACCGUACAGGCUACUGACGGUGGUUCACCAACAGCCAGCGCCACCUCGGUAGUCACCGUUACAGUCACCGACGUCAACGACAACACUCCGGCCUGUCCCUCCUCAACCUACAUCUACAGUGUAGCAGAAACAGCUUCGUCAGGGACGACCGUGACCACACUAGCUUGUACUGAUGCCGAUGGAAAUUCUCUGACGUACACAAUAACUUCUGGCAAUUCCGAGGGAUGUUUUAGUGUGACAGGCGCUGUGCUGACCACUUCCUGUGCACUUGACUAUGACACCGGAAGUCAGUCUUACACUCUUGCUAUCGAUGUCAGUGACGGAACCACCUCUAGCUCGGUUACUGUGUACAUAAGCCUCACUGCAGAAAACGACAACAUUCCAACAUUUACUUCUAAUCCCACCGUCAGUCUCGCGGAGGGUACGAGUGUUGGCACAGUUGUUACCACAUAUACUGCCACAGACGGUGACCUUUCUCCUCACAACGUUGUUUCCUAUGCUAUUACGACAGUGACUAACAGUGGUGGUUCUAGUCUCUUUGCGAUCGAGUCGACUUCCGGGAGUAUACAGUUGGUUAGCGCUUUGGAUUACGAAACCCAGACUACGUAUGACAUAACAGUAGAAGCAACUGAUGGAGGUGGCACCGUGGCAACAGGGACGGUGACAAUCUCGGUGACAAAUGUCAACGACAAUUCUCCAAUAUGCAAUCCUUCUACAUAUACAGCCACUGUAUCAGAGACGUCUGCUACAGGAACAACGGUAACCACACUGGCCUGUACCGACGAUGACACAUCUGACACUGUGUCCUAUUUAUUCGUCAGUGGAAAUACUGGUACCGACUUUGCUUUAACCACCACGGGUGAAAUAACCCUAUCUAACGCCCUCGACUAUGACGCUGGGACGCAGUCGUACACCCUAUUAGCCAGUGCUUCUGAUGGUACAACCUCAGUCACAACUACUAUAGCCGUCACAGUCGUGGCCGAAAACGAGGCCACACCCGCAUUCGCCUCAAACCCAACCACAACACUGGCGGAGGACGCCGUGGUCGGAACUGCUAUCACAACGUACACAGCAGUGGACAACGACGCGUCACCCCACGACAUUGUCAGCUAUGACAUCACGGCAGUCACUAAUGGCGGAACCUCCUAUUUCAAUAUCGACAAAACAUCCGGAAAUAUUCAGCUAGCACAAACUCUGGAUUAUGAAACUGCCACAAGUUACCAGUUGACAGUCGUAGCAACGGACGGCGGGGGUUUAACGGGUACCGGUACAGUGACGUUGUCAGUGACGGAUGUAAACGACAAUGCACCAAUAUGCACGCCAUCGUCACAUGUUUUGACCGUGCCGGAGAACACAGCUACUAGUACGGCGGUGAUAUCAGAUCUGUCCUGCACUGAUGCAGAUGCCGGAACCACGUUGACGUACACGAUGACGCAGAACCCCGAUAAUAAAUUCGGCGUGACGGUUUCCGGAUCUACAGCCUCCCUUGUUGUCAGUGCCUCUCUUGACUACGAGACGACCACAUAUUAUAACUUACAAGUGACAGUUAAAGAUGGCGGUUCUCCGGAACUCUCGGCUACAGUGACUGUUGACGUCACCGUUGGGGCUGUGGACGAGGGGUCGCCUGUGUUCACAAGUUCUGGAACGUAUGCAUUGUCUGUGGGGGAAGAUACAGCUAUAGGCUCAACAUUAGUGACUGUCACGGCUACAGAUUCGGUAGAUACCGGGGAUUCCAUUUCUUAUGCCUUCGUUGCUACGUACUCCAAGUUUAGUUUGGACACGAACGCGGGAACUAUAUUACUUGUCACAAGUUUGGACUUCGAGACGGCCACCAAUCAUCAACUCCUCGUGACCGGAUAUGACGGUACAACUUACGUCACUGCGACCGUUACCAUCACCGUGAACGACGUCAAUGAAGUUGCUGUUUUUGGCAGUUCGACGUACACACCUACCUUUGCAGAGAACCAAGCAGUAGGGACAGCGCUUGUACAAGUGACUGCUACAGAUGGUGAUUCCAGCACGUUCGGAACGGUAGCUUACUCAAUUUCCUCGGGCGACGGGGCAUCCUACUUUACUAUAGACUCUUCCACGGGCAUAAUAACAUCCACGGCCGUCAUAGAUUACGAGGUGAACAUAAUAUUUUCCAUGAUAGUUCAGGCAGUGGACGGAGUUCCCGCACUGACAGCCCAGUGCCUUGUUCAGGUCACAAUUACGGACGAAAACGAUAAUACACCAACUUUUAACCCGACAACGUACUCCGUCACUUUAUCCGAGGAUUCUGCAGUCACUACAACCGUGACCACGGUUUCUGCAACUGAUGCUGAUUCUGUAAGCAACAACAAUAACCUGUUUGAGUACAGCACUACUUCUUCCGUACCGUUUACUAUCGGAACGACUACUGGUAUAAUUACCACUAAUGCUGUUCUUGACCGAGAAACAACAGCCAGUUAUGACAUGGUGAUUCUUGCCACUGACAAAGGCGCCACCCCUCUUACCGGUACCUCUACUGUAACCAUCUCCCUGAUAGACGUGAACGACAACGACCCCAGUAUAUCUGGUACUUAUGACACCACUAUAGACGAGGACACCGCCGUCAACACCGUCGUCUUCUCAAUCACUGCCACUGACCCAGACGAUGGACAGAAUAGCCAGUUAUCAUACUCAAUCAACUCGGGAAAUACCAACUCAGACUUCAAGAUAGAGGUCGGAACAGGAAUAUUACAAACAGUAAAUACAUUGGAUAGAGAAACCACAUCGGCCUAUUUACUAGUGGUGUAUGUUGUUGACAAUGGCGCCACGGCAAGAACAGCUAGUGUUACAUGCACAGUUACUAUUGGUGACUUGAAUGAUAACACUCCGGCAUGGACAGCUGCACCUUAUACAUUUACAGUGGACGAAAAUGUCGCUACGACCACAAGUGUUGGCACUAUAGCAGCUACGGAUGCAGACACAGGGGUUAACUCGGCAAUAAGUUACAAUAUCAUAGGCUACUGGUCAGGUGGAUCGAACCCUGUAACAAUUGACACAUCAACAGGCGUAAUAACAACAAGUGCGAGCCUCGACCGAGAAAGUGCGGACACGUACGUGAUAUGGUGCCGUGUCCAGGAUUCGGGAACACCUGUUCUGUCGUCUGACACGAAUGUUACCAUAACCAUAAACGAUCUGAAUGAUAACGACCCAACAUUUGCUAGUACAACUUACUCGGCAACCGUGACAGAAAAUACUGCUGUUGCCACAUCGAUAACAACAAUGUCGGCUACUGAUGCAGACACAGGUGUCAAUGCAGUCAUUGUGUAUUCCUUUGACACCUCUACAACAGCCGGUGCUAGAGCAGAUCUGUAUUUGACCAUCGGUUCGUCUACAGGUCUCGUGGAAGUGAAAUCCUCGAUUGAUCGGGAAGUAGAUGCGACAUUUACUGUAGUUGUUCUGGCUGUGGAUACGGGCACCACACCUAGAACCGGAUCCACAACUCUUAUGGUAACAGUGGGAGACGAGAAUGACAAUUCCCCGCUAUUUUCUCCCACUUACUACAACGGGGAGGUACCGUAUACAGGUUCUUGUAAUCCCACCAUCGUAACACUGACAGCUUCGGACGCGGACGAAGGUGCAAACGCACAAUUGUAUUAUUACUUCACAACCACCAACAGUGACUUCACACUGGACUCUAGCACAGGAAUUAACAAAACCUACUUUGAGUCGGUAGAAAGUACUUUUAUUGGUCAGUUGGAUGCUGUGUACCAGGUGACAUAUCCCACUGCCUCAGUCAAACGAUGGUGUAUAGUGGAAUCGUCCGGAAGUUUGAUUAUUGUGCAUAUGUAUGUGCUACAAGAUGAUACGACAGAUUCUGUUAGUAACAUCGCUUCAGAAAAGGUGUUCCUCAGUGCAUCGGCCGCCCAGGGAUUUGUUGCCACAGACACGGCGGGGACCCCUUCAGCAAGUGUUAUAGGUAUUACUAGUCUGCUUCAGCACCAUUCACUUUAA